CCUCGAGGCACGUUACCUAGAAAAUCUGAGAAUGGAUUGACUGCAUUUUACAUUAUUAAAAGUUCACAGGACGUGAAAUAAAGCUUUGGAAAUGACUCUACAAAUUAUAAACCUCAGCUUAGAAGGCUAAAAGUUCUGUGCAGAGCAGCUGGAGUUAGUAAAAUACUGGAACCACUGCUGAUUUGGUUGCAUCCUCCAACAUGACCAAUCCUCAGCCUACAAUAGAAGGUGGUGUUUCAGAAGUUGAGAUAAUUUCACAACAAGUGGAAGAAGAGACCAAAAGCAUUGCUCCUGUGCAGCUUGUUAAUUUUGCUUAUCGAGAUCUACCCUUAGCUGCACUUGAUCUGUCUGUGGCUGGGUCACAGCUUUUGUCAAAUCUGGAUGAGGAGUAUCAAAGAGAAGGAUCUAACUGGCUAAAACCGUGCUGUGGGAGACGAGCAGCUGUGUGGCAGGUAUUUUUGCUCAGUGCAAGUCUCAACAGUUUCCUGGUAGCCUGUGUAGUAUUGGUGGUGAUUCUUCUGACUCUGGAACUCCUAAUAGAUAUAAAGCUUCUCCAGUUUUCAAGUGCUUCACAGUUUGCAGGAAUAAUUCACUGGAUCAGCCUAGUCAUCCUGUCUGUUUUCUUUUCAGAGACUAUUUUGAGGAUUGUGGUCCUUGGCAUAUGGGAUUAUAUUGAAAACAAAAUAGAGGUGUUUGAUGGUGCUGUCAUAAUCUUGUCCUUGGCACCAAUGGUGGCUUCAACAGUGGCUAAUGGCCCCAGCAGCCCAUGGGAUGCUAUCAGCCUUAUUAUCACACUGCGAAUAUGGAGAGUGAAGAGGAUCAUUGAUGCUUAUGUCCUUCCAGUGAAAGUGGAGAUGGAGAUGAUGAUUCAGCAGUAUGAGAAGGCAAAGGCUAUUCAAGAUGAGCAGCUGGAAAGACUAACCCAGAUCUGCCAAGAACAAGGGUUUGAAAUCAGGCAGCUGAGGGCCCACCUUGCCCAGCAAGACUUGGACCUGGCUGCAGAGAGAGAGGCUGCGCUGCAAGUCCCCCACCUCCUUAACAAGCAGAGCAGCAACAGGUACAAGGUAGUGGCGACUGAAGAUUCAGAUGAUGAAGCCACCGAGAACAUCACUGAGUUACGACCACCACGAGAGGAUGACAUGAAUAAUUACAUCAGUCGAUACUACAACGAGCCCAGCAGUGACAGUGGCGUUCCCGAAGCAGCCAUCUGCGUGGUCACCACAGCCGCGAUCGACGUCCACCGCCCCAACAUCUCCUCCGACCUGUUCACAGUGGAGGUGCCAAUGAGGCUGGGCAGCACUGGGACGUCCACCAGCCUCACGUCGGGCACGGGGGACCCAGCGGCCCCUGGAGCAGCCCCAGGCCGGACCCACGGCAGCUGGGGACACUGUGGACCCACCAGCAGCCCCACGGCACCCAGGGGCACUACGGACCCGCCAGCAGCCCAGGGCCAGACUGGACCCAGGGCCUGGCCACCCCCUGGGCAGAGCAAGGGGGGCCCCGUGGGGGCGGGGCGCGCCCUGCAGGUGCUGGGCACCAGCGAGGCCCAGGGCAGCAGUCAGGCAGCACCGAGCCCACCAGCGGGUGCAGGCAGCAGCCAGUGGCACCGCUCUACUGUCAUACUUGUAUGA